AUCCAUAGAAUUAUAGAUAUAAUACGGCAGUGUGGGCUUGGCCGGCGCGGUGACACGACGUGCGUGAUAAACGAACAUUUUUUUUUUGUAGAAAUAAAUAUGUCGAAGUGCCUAACAAUAAUUAGUGGAAUUUUAAUUUAAACUCGAACAACAUUUUUGGUGUAUUCCGUUUGUGAUAGAACUAUAGUGUUUAAAAAAAACUUUGCGUGUGUAACAUAGUCUUAAAAACCAUUAAUAUUCAUAUAGUGUGAUGUCAUUGCAAUAAAUAAACAACACAAUCCAGUUUCAAGCAUAACUUAACCCGUCAAACUCAACCGAAAAAAAAAGAAAAAAAUUAGUAAAAAAUCCGAAAAAAAUAUACCGGGUGUAUUUUUUUUGUAAGGGAUUUUUGUUGGAAAUUAUUAAAGGUGAUCAGGGGUGACGAUAUUAAUACGUCAGUGAUGGUGAUGGCCAGCGGCGGCGGUGGGGGGCUGGUGCAGUCCCCACCAGACAUGAUGCAUCACCACAAUAUCAUGGACACAUCAUCACACGUCGAAAUGAUGCCCAAAAAGCUGCGCCUCUCCCUCUGCGUAGGCUGCGGUGGUCAGAUCCAUGACCAGUACAUCCUGAGGGUGGCUCCCGACCUGGAGUGGCACGCCGCCUGCCUCAAGUGCCAGGAGUGCCGGCAGUUCCUCGACGAGUCCUGCACCUGCUUCGUGAGGGAUGGCAAGACGUAUUGCAAGAGGGAUUAUACUAGGUUAUUCGGUACAAAAUGCGACAAAUGCGGCUCCUCCUUCAGUAAGAACGACUUCGUGAUGCGCGCCAAAACGAAGAUCUACCACAUAGACUGCUUCCGGUGUUGCGCCUGCGCACGACAACUUAUACCAGGUGACGAAUUCGCGUUGCGGGAAGGUGGUGCCCUAUACUGCAGAGAAGACCAUGACGUGUUAGAAAAGAGCGCGACUGCCAGUAGCGCCACCACCGGCAAUGCGGAGAGCAACAACAACACGACACUCAGCAACAACAACUCGCAUCAUCCGCAUGAAUUGGGAUCUAUGUCUGAUUCAGGCAGCGAGUCCGGGUCUCACAAGAGCGGGCGCGCGCGCACCACGGCGGCCGCCGACGGCAAGCCAACGAGAGUACGAACCGUGCUCAAUGAGAAGCAGCUACAUACACUUAGAACCUGCUACGCCGCCAACCCUCGUCCCGACGCGCUGAUGAAGGAACAGCUAGUAGAGAUGACCGGCCUCAGCCCUCGCGUCAUCAGGGUCUGGUUCCAGAACAAGCGCUGCAAGGACAAGAAGAAGACCAUCCAGCUAAAGAUGCAGAUGCAGCAGGAGAAGGUCCCAACUUAUGCUUUGCCACAGGAAGGCCGACGUCUUGGGUACAUGUCGAUGGGGGUACCCCUGGUAGCCGGGUCUCCCGUCCGCCACGAGCCCGCAGGGUCCCUGGCGUUGGAGGUGACGGCAUACCAGCCGCCCUGGAAGGCACUGUCGGACUUCGCCCUUCAUGCGGACCUGGAUAGGGCUCCGCAACAUAGUGCGGCCUUUCAACAGCUUGUGAACCAGUAUUGUGAUUAUUUCCAGAUGCAUGGGUACGACAUCCCCAAUCUCCCCCCACCACGCCCCCCACAUGGGGAGGAUAACUACGUGACGUACCUCGAGAGCGACGAUUCCCUGCCCCCAUCGCCCUAGUGCCGCGUCACAUAAGACUACAUGUGACAAAAGACUACAUGUGGCUAAAGACUACAUGUGACUAAAAAACUACAUGUGAAAGUGUAAACAUGGUUUUAUUGACAGUUCUAGAAGUUCUGAGGAAGAAAAUUGGUGUGGUUUAAUAACUGUACAUACAAAUUCAAUGUGGAGCCUUGAAAAGAUUUGUCAGUGUCAGAAAUAUGUAGUACCUAUUACAAAAAGAAUUAGCUCUUCAAGCAUAUUGUAUAGGUAUCCAACAGAUUUUCAGCCUAAUCUAUAGCCUAUGCUUACAAAUUGAAGAUCGACAAAAAAUUUGGCUAGAAUCAAGGAGUUCCUUUAAAAUAAGGUCUUAAAGGGAUGACAAACAAAAUGGCCAGUUACUUUAUAAAAAAGAAACUUUCGUACGGAAAUAAUUAAAAACGAAUUCAUUUCACAACGUGUGCUUGUUGUAAAAAAAUGUUUUACCUGAACCUACUCUUCAAGUAGAAUUAAAAAAAGCUAGUCUACCGUACUCAGAUUACUAAUUAAAAGUUUAAAGGUCAGACAUAUUGAAGCUAAUAACUUUGACUUAUUUUCAACAAGCUUUUUAUUUCAACUAAUAGAAGGUAUGAGUAGGUACCUCAUAGCAGACAGACUCAAUAACUUCAUAACCAUAUUAUAUCAGAUUUUACAAAAAAAUACACAUUGAAGUCAUGUAAUAAAGUAAUGUCAAAUAAAGAGUAUCCAAUUUUUACUGUAAAAUUAAAUAAAAAGUAAAAACAAAUCAAUCUAUGUAUUUACUAUAAUAAUGUGAUGUUUACCACUAGUUUGUAUCAUAAUAAAAAAUGUACGUAAAGUUUAAAAUUUUACCUCUGGGUAUGUUUUUAUUUUAUAUUUUUUAUCAUGAUCUGUUAGCGAUUUUAAUGUAAAUAUAUUUGUCAAUGUAAAUAUUACUGUAUAAAAUUAUUAAUAUGUAAUUAUAUUUACCUACUAAUAAAUAUAAGCGUGUAUGACUAAGGCCUCCUUAAUAUUGAUGUAAAAAAUAGUCACUUUUAUACUAUUUUUAUUUUACAUAUAAAUGUCAUUUACAACAAUGUAUACAUAUGUCAAAUUGAUGUAAACAAUAUUUUUGUUUAAUUUUUUUAUUGUUUUAUGUAACGCAUAUUCUAGAAAAUUGUAUCGUAAUUUUUUCACUGUAAAAAAACGAUUAUAAUUAUUCUAACUCGAUAGAAAUUACCAGAAAAUUUAUUUAUU